AUGCAGGAAAGGCACUUCCGCGGCUACAAACUCUACGACGAUCGCACCUCCUUUGCGUUGGAGUUUGGCGGGUUCCGCGGGUUUAAUGCGCGAGCGCAGGGAACGCUUUACAAGCAAGCUCACGCUGCAGCCUUCGAUCUCAUGGAUAGGAUUGAGAAGCUUGAAAAUGUUAAUGUUACUAAGCACCCAACGGAGUCGGAAGACAGGCCCGUGGAUCACUACAAUCUUAGGAUGGAAUGCGAGGUAAAAGGCCGUUCUCUCGCGAAGUCGAUUGCUCUCUGGAACACCGUGAAGGCUUUUGCUAAGAAGUGCAUUGACGCCAAGGACUACGACCAUGUCAUCUACAACGGCAUCGGCGGCUCUUACCUUGGCCCCUACCUCCUGCUUACGGCAAAGUACGGUGACGACUUCAACAUGGCUCUCCGAGCAAGGGGGAUGCCGACAGCGCACUUUGUCGCCAACACCGAUCCUGCAAGCUUCGCACAGGUUAUCGAACUUGUUACGGAGGGAGCCAUUCUUUCGCAGGGCACGAGGGUGGUUGAUGCCGCCAAGGCAGCCAAAAAGCUUGAGCGCACGCUUAUGGUUGUAAUCUCGAAGAGCGGUGGAACUGCGGAGACAGCCACCAACUGUGCAACAUACCUAACCCUGCUGAAGGACUUGCGAGUCCCAAAGCCCGGCCAUAGCUUCGUCGCAGUCACCACUGAGGGUUCGAAACUCGACAAGCAGGCAAACGAACAGCAGUUCCGCGAAACCUUCCACAUGAACGAAGCCACUGGGGGAAGGACGUCUGUGUGCAGUGCGGUGGGGAUGGUUCCCGCUGCAUUCGCCGGCGUGGACUUCGAAAGCUUUCUGAUUGGAAUGUCGGAAAUGGACAAGCUCACGCGUUCCCACCGGGAGAACCCCAUGCAUAAUCCGGCAAUUGCCUAUGCAACGCUGUUGGAUUGGAUGCUGAAGGACAAGUCUACCCCAUUCAAUCUCAUCCUCUUGGCCUAUUCAGACCCUCUCAAGCACCUCAGUCACUACUGCCAACAGCUCUUCAUGGAAUCCCUCGGGAAGAACUACACUAGGGAGGCUCUGCCACUGAAGACAGGACUCACUAUUCUCGGGGGCACGGGCACUGGUGAGCAACAUGCCUUCAUGCAGCAAAUUCAGAAGGGGUGCUCGGAUGCAGCUGUGCAAAUGAUCCGCUGCCGCAAGCGUGCCGCAGACUAUCCUGAUGAGGCUGCAGGGUCGAUGGGGAGGCAGCUCUUGGCCUUCGUCAAGGGAACUGAAAUGGCCCUCUACCAAAACGAGCGUGCAUUUGUUUGUAUUACGAUAGAUGGCUUCUGUGAGCGUUGCAUUGGUCAACUGAUCGCCUUCGAGGAGAGGGUUGUCACGAUCCUCAGCGCGUUUUGGAACAUCAAUGCCUUCGACCAACCAGGUGUCCAGGACGGGAAGCUUGCGUGCCUUGUCUGUAACAAGCUCAGCAAGGAUAUAGAGUAUUGCCUUGCGAAGAGUUGCAGUGAGCUGAAGACAUGUAAGGGGACAGCUCCGGAACUCCUCAAAUCUCUGGGGGUAACUACCAAAGCGGAAGUUGCAGGGCCAUACGCCGACGAAGAGCACGAGGACAUCACCGCUUGGAUGGCAGAUGCCGUCUUUGAAGACAUAGUCACUAACUGUGACACUCCCGGGGCAUAUCCCUCUUUGGCAGGUAGGAUUGCGUGCUCUAAGAAGUGGGAGGGUAGGGCGUUUACCUAUUCCUUUGCGAAAAAGUGA